ACUGGCGGCGAGUUAUGCCGCUCGAAUGGGCGGCGCGGGUUGGACGCGUGAGGCUCGCGUAGCUGACGACUCUGACUUCGAAACCUUGAAGCAACUCCUUGGCUCUGAUGAUGGAUGGAACUUGGAGUACGAGCGGGACGGUGUCAAGGUCUGGGCGGAGGACGCGGCCCACGGCGCCCUGCGUACCGUUAAGGUCGUGGCAGAAUUUGAAGAUGUGGAACCGGAUGCCCUGUACGAUGUGCUGCACGAUCCAGAGUACAGGUCUGUGUGGGACACGCACAUGCUGGCGGCGGAGGACGCUGGCCACAUCAACGUCAACAAUGACGUCGGAUACUACGCUAUGUCCUGUCCAGCGCCGCUCAAGAACAGAGACUUCGUGCUGCAGCGCUCGUGGCUGGAUACAGGCGACGAGAAGAUGAUCCUCAACCACUCUGUCUUUCACAAGGACUACCCGCCGAGGAAAGGGUUUGUCAGAGCACUUUCUUUGUUGACGGGCUUCGUGGUAAAAAGAAGAGAAGGUCCUGGUAGCUGGCUAGGUUACGUCUCUCGAUCUGACCCUCGAGGGGCACUACCUGCCUGGUUGGUAAAUAGAGUAACAGCUCAGCUGGCUCCCCGUUUGGUAAAUCAGCUACAUGCAGCUGCUCGACGCUACCCAGGAUGGAAGGCGCUCACAGAUACUCCUUAUUACAAGCCUUGGAGACACCCUGAACAGGUUCCUCCGUAUCGGAUUAAUUUAGAAGAUUGUAUUGAUCCUGAUGCUCCCCCACCACCAGCGGAACCAAAGCCAAAUACUUCUAAGACUAAAUUAGAAGUUCCCCAAGUAAAAGAAACUGAAAGUCACAGCAUUGAAGACUUAGGAGACAUAUCAUCAGAGUUCAGUGUAGAAGUAGAAGAAUUACCUGAACAACAUCUCGACCCAACUAAGAAGAAAGGUAAAUUUUAUAAGUUGGUCAAAUCAAUGAAAAAUCGGAGGAAAAGUGUUCAAGUUGCCAAAAGUGCUGAUAAUCUUGUAGACGGUAAAAGUUCCGAAGAGAAACAUGAAAAGAGAAAAUCGUCAUUUAAAUUUCACCGACGAUUUAGUCUAAGUCGAGGACGGGAGGAUUGAGGAAUAUCUAACUAAUAAGGAACUUAUAAAUAAAUUUAAAUUGUUCAAUUUUUAAAAUGUUUCCAUCUAUUCUUUUGUUUUUAAAUUAGACAAAAAUUCAGUACCUAAC